UUUUUAUCAUUGUUUGAAAAUUAAAUGUGACCAUGGACCACAAAACCAGUCUUAAGUGUCAAUUUUUCAAAAUUGAGAUUUAUUCAUAAUCUGAAAGCUGAACGAAUAAGCUUUCCAUUGAUGUAUGGUUUGUUAUAAUAGGACAAUAUUUGGCCAAGAUGCAACUAUUUGAAAAUCUGGAAUCUGAGGGUGCAAAAAAAUCUAAAUAUUGAGAAAAUCGCCUUUAAAUUUGUCCAAAUGAAUUCUUAGCAAUGCAUUACUAAUAAAAAAUUACUUUUGAUAUAUUUACAGUAGCAAAUUUACAAAAUAUCUUCAUGGAAUAUGAUCUUUACUUAAUAUACUAAUGAUUUUUGCCAUAAAAAAAAAAAUCUAUAAUCCCAUACAGUGUAUUUUUGGCUAUUGCUACAAAUAUAUCCCAGCGACUGAAGACUGGUUUUGUGGUCCAGGGUCACAAAUUUCUGUAUGUAUGGCUUAACAUUGUUUGGGAAACAUUUUGGGGAAAAAAAAAUUGCCAGUGAAAAGGGGAUAACAUAUUGACUUAAAAAGAAGGCUAUGUACUGUGAAGUGUUUCCCAAUACAGUUUUACCUUGUAAAUAAAUAUAUGGAGAAGACACCCAAAACCUCGGAAGAGUUAACCCUCUUGCAAGCAGGAAUGGGUUGCAGAACCAUCAGCAUCGCAGAAGAUGCUGAGCAUUCAUGGUUGUCCAAGAAACUUGAGGAGGCAUAUUGCAAAUUGGCUGAGCUGAAAGGAGCAUGGGUGUUGUACAAGGCUGUUGGUGGUUCUGGACAAAGAAAUUUGUGCAUUGUGCCCCCUGAGUCAGAAGGGUACACAGGUGCUUACCUCAACUCGAUUGCUCGUGGAAAGUCAACCUUGUACAUUGUACCAGUGCAAGGAACACUCGAUACUUCCCCUCUUCCCUACUCAGCCAAGGAGUUUGCCAAAAUGCCAAAAGCCACAUGUCAAACAUGUGGAGAUAACAUGCCAGUGCAGUUAUUAGCAGCACAUGCGGCAUCUUGUGAAACCAUGACACUGUCAACUGACUUGGAUGAACAGUCUGAAGAUUUUCAAAGGUCUCCAGAUAAUGUCGACCCAUCAACCAGUACUUCCGUGGAUGUUACAAACUCUCCAGAUCACACUCUACCUGUUGGCACUUCUGUGACAGACUCCUCAGAUUUAGAUCGUCCUUCUAUAUACGUUCCUGAUGUCAAAACAGCCUGUCCCAUCUGGGAGCAGUUCUACCCCAGUGACUUUGUGGAGAUCCAUGCAAGCUUUUGUGGUGAAAGGUAUUUCUUAGUUUUCCAAUGCAUUAUAAUUUUCAGAAGCAAACUUUUGUAUUAUACAGUCGUUUUGUUGUUAUGCUGUUGAAGGUGAAACAUGCUUCAGUCAUAUUGAAAGAUGAGAUGCUUUUAGUAUGACUGAAGCAUAUUCCAUGUAUUCAAACAGAGCCAAUGAUAUAAACGAAACCAAUGUACUGAAUAAUAUUGAAAAACGAUUUAACUUGAGUUAAAAAGUGUAGCCAAUACUUUUACUUUUACCAGAGUAAUUUUAAACAUGAGUAUUUGUACUUCUACUUGAGUGAUUUCAGUUGAUUAUAUUGUGCAAUCUAUGAAUUGAUUGUGGUCAGUUUUCUGUGCUCAUGAUUGGUAACACUUUGCAUGGUUAAAGUACAGGUGUAAUGUUCAGAAUGUCUUGGUUUAGUAUUUGUAGAAAGUAGCACUGAAUAAAUGUUGAUUCAUGAAUGAAUGCAUUGUGUUUUUGUCUAUUUUCUAUUAGAAUUUAAUGGUUUUGAAUUGGUUUGCACUGCAUGUAUGUAAUGCAUGUAUUUACUAUAAAUCCCCUAUACUUAGAUUACUAUUAGAUUUUAUAAGGUUU